CUCGUAAUAUUUUGUUCACGCGUGCAUAUUGAAAAAAACGUGUGUUCAAUGCAACACUUUUUGUCCUUCCCCCCCCUCUGCUCCCGGGAUUGGACCUUCUUCUUGUAAUAGAGCCGUACACACAUAAGCCACCAGUAUUAUAGGUAGUUCUGAAAUGUCAGCUACCUACCUAGGUCUAAUAUGAUCUGCUUCUGGUACGGGAGCUGACGCCGCAGCUCGCGUUAGCAGACUAUUUGGCAGGCUAUUUGGGUCGCUCGCCAUCUUUGGAAUCGCCUGAAUCCUUCUGUAGCAACGCCCUGCACAGCGCUCACUUGGCAGAUCGCCAAGUUAAUUACAACGCCCAGCCCACCGAAUAUCAGUCAUAGCUACCUCGGCCAAUUUUUUUUUCUGAUAUAUUCUUUUCUAAUCUGGUCCCACCGCCGUAUGGUAGUAUUACUAGUGUCGAGCAGGUGAAAGACGACAUUGGAAAACCAUGAUCACGGCUCGAUGAACUCCUCCGACACAAACGUCUCCCUGCACGACAGUCCCGACAACCACGGGUCGGUGGUUAACGUGGUAUCAUGGUUUCUUGGCAUUUGCAGCUUUCUCCUGGUUUGCACUAGGCUCGUGACGAAAUGGGGAGUCUCCAAGUCGUUCCAUGUGGACGACACUAUGAUUGUUGUGUCGCUUGUGUUUAGUAUUGCGCAGACGAUAGCGGCGUCUAUCGCGGUUGGAAAUGGGUUGGGGCGACACCAAAAUAUUCUGUCUGACGACAACAUCAUAUUCUUUCAAAAGUCUUAUUAUGCCGCGAAUGUCCUUUUCGUGGCGAGCCAGGCCUUCUCUAAACUCUCCGUCAUCUUUUUCAUAAGAGUGAUAUCGCCCAUCGAUUUUCACAGAAUUCUGACCUUGAUCCUUACCGUAGCCACCCUCGCUUGGGCGUCGUCCUCGGUGUUGAUGUUGAUAUUCCAAUGCGAUACGCCGGGGACCUGGAGAAUUCUUGGAGACAAUUGCAUAAAUCAAAACGCGAUGUGGAAUUAUAUCAACACCGUCGACAUCGUACUUGAUUUCUGUCUAAUAUGGUUGCCAUUCGUAGUCGUGUGGAAGUUACAGACCCAUCUAAAGCGCAAGAUUGCGGUCAUAUCAUGUUUUGCGACUCGAAUCUUGACUAUUGCUGCACUUAUUUGGCAGAUGAUAGAGUCGCAAAAGGUAUCGAACCACCAAGACGCUACAUUCGCAUACUGGCUUAUUGGUGUCGCGAUGACACUGGCUCAAAACCUCGGUAUCAUGACUGCUAGCGCUCCAUAUCUCAAGCCAUUUCUCGACAGUCUGGAAUCCGGAAUGAUCCGAAGCGAUGAUCUCCGUCGUCGCGGGAAUGCCACGGGGAAGUCAUCGUACGGAUACUGGCGGAAACAAGACGGCUCCGGCGCAUCGAAAUCUACAAAUUCUGCGUCGCACGAGCUGGGAAACCUCGGAAUGGCCAACGCUGAGGUAAUUACUUCCGUUACCGUUGGGACAGCACAUAAUCCGCCAGAAUGGGAUGCUAGCAGCCGCUCUAGCCAAACAAAGCUUAUCAAGCAAGUCAAGAGCUGGGGAGUUACGAGUUCACCGACCCCGCCUGCCGAGUAGUUAUUUCAUAUUAGGGGUUACAAAUCCGUAGAUACUUUGCGCAGUAAUGUCUUUCUUUAUGAUAAUGCCUUUUUUUUUCUUUUUUGUUUUCUUGUUCUGCAGUAGCGGCGGGACAUCCCGCCAAAUCCGCCGCGGUAAGUGGCUUAAUUCCCAUGUCAAUGCCGAUGCCUGUGUGCGGCGAGGUUCACGGUUUAUUAUACCUAAACUACCUCUAUACUACAUUCUAUAUAUAUUUGCCACUGGACCGUUGUACAAAUGAAAGAUUUUCUUCAGUGCAAUUAUAACUGGUUAUUUAGAUGUCCGUAGCUGGAAAGAAUUAACGACCUAUGCCUCAAAUAGUACGAGAGAGAAAUAUGUCUCUCAGUUAUAUGCUAGAGUAAAUCAUUCCCGUUUACGUCGAGC